AUGGUCAGCCGGGUUUGGGGGGUGACUAUGGCUUCAGAGAACCGCACUCGUAUCCAGCAGAAUGACCUGCUCCUCCACGAAGCUGUCAUUAAAAACGAACCAGAUGCUGUUCGUGAAGCAUUGCAACGUCCUACCGAUGUCAACUGUAGAAAUAAUUAUGGAAGAGCACCGAUACACUGGGCAGCUAGCAGAGGUAACGUCGAGAUAAUAAACCUACUCAUCGAUUCCAAAUGUGACAUCGAAGCCGCUGAUAAGUUCGGAAUGCGACCGCUGUUGAUGGCGGCAUGGCACGGACACUUAGAGGCGGUGAAAACUCUUGUUGGUGCUGGAGCCUGUCUUGCUGCUACAAACAAAAAACAAAACGAUCUCCUACAAUGCGCGUGUUCCCGUGGUUCAUUGGACGUGGCAGAGUAUGCCAUAUCUUUGGGAGCCAAGGUCCAAACAUCGGACGCUGCUGGUGACGCGCCUCUUGCCUUGGCUUCGAGAGCUGGUCAUACUUCAUUAGUAGAACUUCUGUUACAAAGAGGUUCAUAUAUCGAUGCUGUUAAUAAGGUGGGCCGCACGGCACUGCACGUCGCAUGCGAAGGAGGUCACUCCUCAACCGCUGCGUUCCUAAUAUCCAAAGGUGCCUCCAAAGAGGCGCGAGACAACUCGGGUCGAACACCUCUGCACCUGGCGGCCGUACAUCGACAUACUGAACUCGUGAGAGUGCUCCUUGAGGCUGAAUGUCAUGUGGAUGCUGUAGACAACAAUGGAGUGACUGCUUUGCAAAUGGCUUGCGCGCAGGGCUGUCGAGGUAUUGCUGAACACCUAUUAGCAUUUGGUGCAAACGUUCAUAUGCAAAACAAUGUUGGGUCCUCCGCACUACAUGCAGCCUGCGCAGCUGAUGCUACUGACAUCGUGGAAUUACUCCUCGCACAUGGGGCUGAUCCUGCACUAACAGACCAAUGGUCUCAAUCCCCGGUGAGCGUGGCGGGCGGUGCCGCAGAGUCUCCUCCUGAGGGAUUCAGACGAGCGGCGAGAGGAUCCUUCUCAGCCAUUCUGGACCUACUGACAGCCACCGCCAACUUGGAGAUCCCACACCAGGAAUGGCAGUACCAACUCGCUUGA